AUGGCCCAGACUGGACACAGCGAGGGCCGCGAUCUCAUGCCCGCGCCUGUCACCCCCUCCACCGCCGCCCCCGCCGCCGCCGCCGCCGCCCUGGGCCUGGCGCCUCCGGCCGCCCGAGGCCUGCUCACGCCGCCCGCCUCCCCACUGGAACUGCUGGAGGCCAAGCCCAAGCGCGGCCGCCGCUCGUGGCCACGCAAGCGCACGGCCACGCACACCUGCAGCUACGCGGGCUGCGGCAAGACCUACACCAAGAGCUCGCACCUCAAGGCGCACCUGCGCACGCACACAGGCGAGAAACCCUACCACUGCAAUUGGGACGGCUGUGGCUGGAAGUUUGCGCGUUCCGACGAGCUGACGCGGCAUUACCGCAAGCACACGGGCCACCGGCCAUUCCAGUGCCACCUCUGCGACCGCGCCUUCUCACGCUCCGACCACCUGGCGCUGCACAUGAAGAGGCACAUGUAGCCGGGACGCCCCUCGACCUCCAUGCCGGCAGAGGCGGGUCCCUUGUGCCGGCGUGCCCCCCCUGUGACUGUGACUGGUAUUUAUUAGGGGCCAGAGGACCCCACCGGGCGGCCGCCCAGGGACCCCCUCCCCCACCCCCAGCUUCACCACCAGGCCCAGCCCCCACAGACGGCCCGGUGGGAGAAGAUGCCCACAUCCCCCUUGACAAGCUUUUUCAAAAUGGUGCAAUAAUUCCGUGUAGUCUUCCCCACUCCGGGUCUACACUCGAGGCUCGACGCUCCAUGCCUUGUGAGAAAUACAGCCUUAACGUGUACUGUCUGCGAUGUUUUUAUAUAAUAUUGUACAUAGCGACUCUGACAGGUAUUAAUGUACAUAGGAAGACAGUGGGCAUUUUGAACGCCUGUAUGGUUUUUAUAAGACAAAGGCCUUUGCUGGGGUUCUUUUAUUGGUUUAUUGUGUUUGGUUUUGUUUUUUAAUAAAAGAAAAAAAAAGUUUCGCAUCA